AAUGAGCAGGCUUCAGACCUUCCCACUCACGGCCAGAGAGGGAGCCAGUGGGGAUGACAUCUAGCUAUGCCGUACAGAAAGAUCACUUCGCACGACUUGAAACUUUGUACAGCCUAAGUACCAUGAACAUUGGCAAGAGGAAAGAAAGAGACGAUUACUUGCUUCUACAAAUGGUUAAAUAUGAUGAACAACCACCAUAAUCAUGUGGGUAAUCAUCACUCUAAAACUAGAUCAGAUGUAACACAUGUGUACAGUGAUGAGGAAGCCCCAUUAAACAAAAAGUUGCCCAAAGAACUGUUAUUACGAAUAUUUUCCUUCUUAGAUGUUGUGACUCUCUGUCGAUGUGCUCAAGUAUCACGGUAUUGGAACCUUUUGGCCUUGGAUGGAAGCAACUGGCAGAGAGUUGACCUGUUUUCUUUUCAGCGUGAUGUUGAGGGCCCAGUGGUUGAGAAUAUAGCCAAACGAUGUGGAGGAUUCCUCAAAUCUCUUAGCUUGAGAGGUUGUCAAAGUAUAACGGAUGCUGCUUUAACGACAUUUGCACAGCAGUGUAGAAACAUAGAAAAAUUAAGCCUGACUGAGUGCAAGAAAAUAACAGACAUAACAAGUGAAAGUUUAGGAAGGUAUUGUUUCAAGUUAAUGUACCUGGACUUGUCAUCGUGUGCACUGAUUACCAACAACUCUCUCAAAUCCCUCAGUGAUGGCUGUCCUAACUUGGAGUAUUUGAACAUAUCAUGGUGUAGUCGAUUGAACAAUGAUGGGGUAGAGGCUCUGGCCAAGGGCUGCAAAAAGCUGACAUCAUUUCUCUGUAAAGGUUGCUUACAGAUCUCAGAUGGUGGUAUUGCACAUUUAGCAGAGAAUUGUCCUGACUUGAAAACAAUAAAUUUACACAGUUGUUCACAGGUUACAGAUGAAGCUGUCCACAGUCUCAGUGAUCACUGUCAUGACUUGCAGUUCCUCUGUGUGUCCCAGUGUUCCCAGCUCACAGACGCAUCUUUGGUGGCAUUAGGACAAGGUUGUCGAGACUUACGGACAUUAGAAGUUGCAGCGUGCUCACAAUUUACAGACCAUGGUUUUCAGGCGUUAGCGAAGCAGAACAGCAACAGCCUUCAGAAGAUGGACUUGGAGGACUGUGUUUUGAUUACUGAUGCAACAUUAGGACAUUUAGCUUUACACUGUCCAAAACUGACCACAUUGACAUUGUCUCACUGUGAGUUAAUUACAGACGAGGGAAUUCGCCACCUUGGGGGAAGCCCUUGUGCUACAGAACAUUUGCAAGUGUUGGAACUGGAUAAUUGUCCUCUGAUAACUGACGCCUCCCUAGACCACUUAAUGGGUUGUCAGGGCCUUGAGAGAAUAGAGCUGUACGACUGUCAGCUGAUUACACGAGCAGGAAUACGCAAGCUUAGGAUGCAUUUACCGAACAUUCGUGUCCACGCUUACUUUGCCCCUGUAACUCCGCCUGCGUCAGUGGGAGGGGGCAGACAGAGGUACUGCAGAUGCUGUAUCAUUCUCUGACACCGGCUCUUGUGCUCCACAUACUCAAACACACGGUUGCCGUUAGGAAGUGCCCAAAGUUAUGCCCUAUGGGGAGGUCAGGGCGCGAGCUGCAUUCCCGGGGACUCCAUCACCAUACAACUAGUAGUGUUCCCGCUUGUUUCGAUGCAAUGAAAAAAAUGUCCAUUGGCUUUUGACUAUCUCGGAGAGAUGGAGAGAGCUUUACUUCUGUUUUAUCACUAGCCGGGAGGUGAACGGUGUGGCGUACACUGACUACAGGUGCCAUGGCUGUGUUGUGGAUGUUAUGACUGUGAUCAGCUAUCCCUGCGCCAAAGUCUGGCCUAUGGAUAGAUUAUUUUAUUAUCCCUACAAAGGAGUGAGGAGAACCAACAUGUUGAUUCAUGGCUACACUCAGUGGAACAUUGCCAGUUGAUAUCAUCUUAGAUACUGUACAUAACAGAUAUCUCUAUCAGUCUUUCUCUGAUCAUGUAUAUUUAUUCAUAAUGAAAGAUUAUAUGCUUGUUACCUAUUGAGUGCUUAGAAUGGUUUGAUGUUAGGCAUAAGUUGUAUGUUUGCAGUACUUGUACAGUCUAUAUAGCCAGCUCUAUGCUUUCCAGAUCUGAUGAGAUCUGCCUUAUUUGAUGUGUAUGCCAGUAUCGAGAUAAAUCUACCAGCAGUGUAUUAUAAUCAGCCACUGACACCUCAUUAUGAUGGUUUUUAUAAUGACAUGGGUGUAAAAUGUAUGUUUAUGUAAUUGGUUUCUGUCCGAACUUAGAUCUUGAGGUUGUUUCUGCAUUUUGGCACCGUUAUCGACUCUGCCCUGAUCCCAGGUAAUAAUAAUGACAGUAAUUAUAUAUUAUGACUUUAGAAAGUCCAUUUACAACAUGCACAAAAUUAGUUUUAUGAGAACAAUGUUCUGACUGUUGUGAGUCGUCAGACACCAUUAAAGCUAAAUUCCAGUUCUAAGUUCGCAGACUUGUAGGGUUGGUUGUUAUAUGGUCAUCUGAAAUUGGACUUUGACAUAU